UCUAGACAACUUUCCGUCUAUAUAAAGCACCUUAAUUGAGAAGUCUUGGCACAUCUUCUUAUCAUCUGAUCAUCAGUACAAACAUAAGUGAAUUGCAUUAAGUAAGGUCGUCAAACAUAUCGAGGUUCAAAAGUCAAACAACAUCAUCAUCAAUGGAGGCUCCUGUUGGUUUCCUUGUUGUUUCUCUCCUUCUCUCUUGCUUUGCAACUACUGGCUAUGGUGUUACCUUCACUUCUCUUCAGAGGACUCUUGAAGUCACCGCUUCACCCAAAGAGGGCCAAGUUCUCAAGGCUGGAGAUGCAGAUAUUACAGUGACAUGGGGAUUCAACCGGACAUUCCAAGCUGGGACAGACUCGGCCUACAAAACCGUAAAAGUGAAACUAUGCUAUGCACCCAUCAGUCAAAAGGACCGUUCAUGGAGGAAAACAGUCGACGAAAUGAAAAAGGACAAGACUUGUCUGGUAAAGAUUGUGGCUAAGCCAUACACUGCAUCAAACAACUCCUUUACAUGGACUGUAGAGAGAGAUAUUCCUACUGGAACAUAUUUUGUGAGGGCCUAUGCGUUCAAUGCUCAAGAUGAAGAGGUAGGUUUUGGCCAGACCACAAAUGAUAAAAAAGAGACGAAUUUGUUCCAGAUACAAGCAAUCACAGGUCGCCAUGCGUCACUUGAUAUUGCAUCUGUCUGCUUUUCUGCAUUUUCCAUAGUCGCUUUGGCCGGUUUCUUCUACAUGGAGAAGAGUAAGGGAAAGGCAGCUCAAUAGAAUUGAGAUCAACAAAAACGGUAUGGGGAUUAAUGUCAUGUUACUCGUGGCAUAUUUGAAGAAAGAAAAAGAAUCCUAAUUGUGUUUUAAUAUAGUGGUGAAGUACAUGACUUAUCCUGGGAGUGUGGAUAAACGAAAGAAUGUUGUAAUAGAGAUGAUUUAAUGAUGUUUUUUUCCGCUUAAAAUGAGGAGGAUGCCCGUUUCGUUAUUUUGAAAAUAUAAAUUAUCGAAGACCCUCUUUGCUAGCAUAUACAAUUUUAUUGUUGUCUUAAAUAAUGAUCGAGGUCCCGUAUGUACAAACCGUACACAUCAUCUUAUGUGUGUGUCGCUUUAUUUAGAAGUAAACAGGAAUACACUUUUGUAAAUUUCAUAAA